AUUUGAGUCAGACGGUAUUUUGGUCACUCUGAAACCAGCUCCAAUUAAUUAAAUUUACCAAAAAACUAUUAAAAUGGUCGGUUGGAGCCGAUUGCUGUCGCCAGCGGCGCAAUUCGCCAACUACCGCGCCGUUCUCCAAGCUCCGGCUUGCCGAAAUGCGCUGCAGCAACAACUGCGCCGGAUGGGUGGUGAUCAUGGACACCACCACAUGACAGUAAAGCCAUCGCGCUUUCAAUGGGACAAGUUCAAGGAUCUGAUUCACUUUUACGUAAUGCUUGGCGUCGUGCCGAUCACAGCGCUGGUGCUCUACUCGAACAUCUUCGUGGGGCCCGCUCAGUUGGCAGAGAUUCCCGAGGGUUACGUGCCCAAGUACUGGGAGUACGAGAAGCACCCAAUCUCCCGGUUUAUUUCCCGGUACAUUUACAGCUCGCAGCAGCAGGAAUACGAGAAAGCCUUGCACAACUUGUUUGAGGAAAACGAGAAGGCUCAAAUUCGAAAACUUGAGGAAGAGGUUCGUCGCAAGAUGUCGGAGCGAAAUGAUUACCAGUCGUACUACUAUCGUCCGACGGUAGCCAAGUAUCACAGAAUAUCCAAGGAGGCUGCUGAUGAGCUGGAAGCUCUGCGGGGCGAUUAGACCAGUUCCUGGCUGGCUCUUUCGACAUUUGGUCGGACGUCUAGUAAAUGAAAUGUAUAGGCCUCAAGUUGGGGAAAUAAAGUGUUGAAUCUGCAACAUCAUUUUACGCACCCUAA